GGGGAAAUGGCGGGUGGCUCGGAAGCUCCCGCCCUGCGAUCCGCGGUACCAAUGCUGCCGCGAAUCGCAGAAGGGGAGUGCUGGCCCUGUUCUUAUGGGUUAAUUAAUGUGCAAAACGUCUGGUAUGAUUUUGUGUGUGUUUAUCAGAUGUUUGAGAACUCAGAAAUCUGAGCUAGCCUUCUCCUGGUCUAUUUUCUUUAUCCCAUUUCAGGGAGUCGCCACUGCAACCAUGCCUGCUUUCCGGCAGGUUGGGGAAAAACAGCUUCCCCAAGAAAUCAUUUUUAUGGCCUGGUCUCCAAAGAGAGAUUUGAUUGCCCUUGCAAACAAAGUUGGAGAGGUUUUGCUCCAUCGGCUUGCAAACUUUCAGCGAGUGUGGAGUUUGCCACCAAGUGAAAGCACAGGAAAAGAAGUGACAGCCCUCGCAUGGAGGCCAGAUGGCAAAAUUUUGGCGUUUGGACUUGCUGAUACAAAGCGAGUGAUCCUGUGCGAUGUAGAGAAACCCGAGAGCUUGCAUUCAUUCUCAGUGGACGCUCCUGUCACUCGUAUGCACUGGAUGGAAGUUACAGAAGAAAGCAGUGUUCUCACUUCAUUUUAUAAUGCUGAGGAUGAAUCCAAUCUUCUGCUUCCGAAAUUGCCAGCCUUGCCAAAGAACUACAGUACCACUUCAAAAAUUUUCAGUGAAGAAAAAUCAGACGAGAUUAUGAAACUCAUGGGAGAUGUCAGGCUUAAUGCUCUGGUUCUUGGAGGCAACGCUGGGUUUAUUGAGAUCUAUGCUUAUGGAAUGUAUAAGAUUGCCACAGUGACGGGGGUGACUGGUUCAUGUCUUGCAUUAUGCUUAUCGAGUGACUUGAAAUCACUAUCGGUUAUUACAAAAGUAGAAGUUUCUCCAGAGAGUGAGCCAGAAAUAACAUACUUCCAAUUGGACACCAGUCUGCUCUCAACCUAUUUACCAGAAGUGACUCGAAUGGCUAGAAAAUUUACACACAUUUCAACUCUCCUGCAGUAUAUAAAGCUGUCGCUGACGUGUAUGUGUGAAGCUUGGGAAGAAAUACUGAUGCAGAUGGAUUCACGGCUAACCAAAUUUGUACAGGAAAAGAAUACAACCACUUCUGUGCAAGAUGAAUUCAUGCAGUUACUGUUGUGGGGCAAAGCAAGCCUUGAACUUCAGGCAUUGCUAAUGAAUCAGCUAACAGUGAAGGGUUUAAAAAAACUUGGCCAGUCCAUGGAGUCCUCUUAUUCUAGCAUUCAAAAGCUUGUCAUAAGUCACUUGCAAAGUGGCUCUGAGGCCUUACUUUACCAUUUAAGUGAACUUAAAGGAAUGGCAUCGUGGAAACAAAAAUACGAGUCUCUUGGACUGGAUGCAUCAGGAAUAGAAGAAGCUAUUACUGCGGUGGGCUCCUUCAUCCUAAAAGCAAAUGAAUUGCUUCAAGUUAUCGAUAGCAGCAUGAAAAACUUCAAAGCUUUUUUCCGGUGGCUAUAUGUCGCUAUGCUGAGAAUGUCCGAGGAUCACGUGCCUCCAGAGUUGAACAAGAUGACUCAGAAAGAUAUCACUUUUGUUGCCGAUUUUCUUACUGAACAUUUCAAUGAGGCACCUGAACUCUACAAUCGUAAAGGGAAAUACUUUAAUGUAGAAAGAGUUGGUCAGUAUUUGAAAGAUGAAGAUGAUGAUCUUGUGUCCCCACCUAACACAGAGGGAAACCAGUGGUUUAACUUUCUACAAAAUAGCAGCCAUCUUAAAGAAAGCCCUUUGCUGUUUCCAUACUACCCUCAGAAGUCAUUGCAUUUUGUAAAAAGGCGAAUGGAGGGAAUUAUCGAUCAGUGUCUGCAAAAGCCAGCUGAUGUGGUUGGAAAGUCUGUGCAUGAAGCAUUUUGUAUGCCUUUAUACAAAGCAUCGAACAGUGAGGAUUCAGCAUCUCAACUAUUCAAGUUGCCCUUUUUGUGGAACGAUAAAUCAUCCAGUUUGCAUUAUGUUUUGUUCACAAUGUUAGAAAACUCAGUUUCUAAAAUAUAUAUACUGAGGAGGCAUACGGACACUUCAAGGUCUGCAAAUAAUGGACUACUUGCUGUUGAUUUUGGGAAUUUUUUGAAUAACUGCAUGAAUGAAAGUUCAGUUACAAGUGUCUACAGUUAUCUUGAUGCCCAUUUCUAUGAUGAUGAAACAAUAACAGUAAUUCUUGCAGAGAAUUUAGAACAAGAGGGGAAGGGGAGAAUUUUGGCGCAGCUACCUUUAUCAUCCAUAUAUACUGAGGAGAACCAGGAACAAGAGUUCAGAUGGAAUUCUGAUCAAAGGUUAGAUAUGCAAUGUGAUAACAUUCCUGCACGUGCUGUCACCAUAGAGGGUCAGUGGAGAGUGCUGGAGAAUAUGAAAGCUCAGUAUGUUGCUGUAAAUGGCAUCCGAAAAGUUUCUUGUGUGCUAAGUUCAAACCUCCGGCACAUCCGAGUGUUUGAAAUGGAUGUGGAAGAUGAUGGAGAAGCUGAGGAGGAAGAAGAGGAAGAAACAGCACAGCAUGCUGCCACUAGGGAGGAGAAGCUCCAACAGUCAACAGGCAACCCUGAAGAAAGUAUCUGUGUUGCUUCUGGUGAAUUAGCACAUGAAACAGAAGAACAUGAACGAAGUAUCAGCACCUGAGACAAAGUCUUGUUUUGCUGACCACAUUCAGACAUAGCACUGGCCAUAAACCAUAUUUAGAGAAAUUAGCUUGCCCAGGAGCUGUGUGCUGGGUUUGCUCUUACCUUCCUGGAGCAGGGAAACAAACCAUAGAGUGGUUAGUUUAGCAUUCCCUAUUAUGGUCUGUUUAGGAGAAACAAACCACAAGCACUGCUACUGACAUCACUAAAUCAGCUGGUGAGUGGUUUGUUUCCCCGCUGUAGGAAGGGAAGAUCAAUGCUGGGAGUGCUCAAGAUGCAUGCACAAGCCAAUUUCCCUGUCUUAAUUUAUUUCCAGCGUUAAUGUCCAAACACAACUAGUGUCUUACACAUCAGAGAGAAGAAACAGAAGUAUGGCCCUGACUGCUGAUUGUCUGGCUGUAGUGUACCAGCCUAGUUUAUGGAAGACUGCAGUGGUUAUGGAGGUUUUCCUGCCUAUUUCUUUCUUUUUCACGUCUUUCCCAGUCCUGUUUCUUGUGCUCCAGCUGAGUUGCCUGAAUACAUGCAGCACUGGAACAAAACAAACGGAUUGCCACUAAAUAAUCCUGCAAACGUGUGUGCUUUUCAAACUUCAGUCAGUGUUGAGGUUUUACUGCCUCGUACCCCACCCCCUCCUGCCACUUUUUCCCUGCCACUUUCACGGUAUGGCUUUCAGAUGACACCUGUGGGUGGUAUUUACAGAUAUAUCUUAAGUGGUAUAUAAAUGAUAAUGAAUAUCUGGGCUCAUCUGCCUAAGUGGGCUCUUUCCACUGUCAUGCUCUUCCCAACAUGAGAAAUGGACUUUGAACUCUUGUUUCCCCAUGCAUUUUGUGAUGGAAAAUACAUUUUUUAAAAAAAAAUCUGUAGUGAUUGUGGUAAUUUGUAAUCAAGUGGUUUUUCAAAUGCCUUAACAUGAAUAAAGGUUUUCCUUCAAAACUGAAA